GCUAGUCAGUCAGUCGGGGGAAUGCGAGUCUGCCUGCAAGCGGUUCUCUCUGUGUGGAUUCACCGUACACACGCAUACACGCGCACACGGACCUUCGCACACAAUUAUUGUUAAUUACUUAACCCUUCUCGGUCUUUUAAGAGCCUACCUUUCCACAAUGGGCGACAAAAAGAGCCCGACCAGGCCAAAAAGACAAGCCAAACCCACGGCGGAUGACGGCUUUUGGGACUGUAGCGUGUGCACUUUCAAAAACAGUGCAGAAGCGUUCAAAUGCAGCAUCUGUGAUGUACGGAAGGGCACGUCUACCAGGAAGCCCCGGAUAAACUCCCAGCUGGUAGCUCAGCAGGUGGCCCAGCAGUACGCCACCCCUCCUCCCCCAAAGAAGGAGAAGAAGGAAAAGCCAGAGAGGCCUGAGAAGGAUCAGGCUGAGGGGGAGGGUCCUGACAUAAAACCACCUGACAGUGAGCCCACAGACAAGGACAAGAGCGAGAAGGAGCAGCCCGACAAAGAGAAGGACAGAGAGAAAGAGAUAACCCCAGCCAUCACCAAGAAACCCAACUGCAAAAAGAACAGACCCAAGUCAGACAUCCAUCAAAGCCCACUCAGUGAAAGAAAUAGCGUUCAAUCCAGCAAAUCCACAACCAAGAUCAAGAACUCUCGUAUCUACAGGCCUAAACUGAAGAACAUUGACAGGAGCACAGCCCAGCAGCUGGCUAUCACUGUGGGGAACGUCACAGUGAUUAUAACAGACUUUAAGGAGAAGACCCGCACCUCCUCCACCUCCUCGUCUACGGUCACCUCCAGCGCCGGCUCUGAACAGCAGCAUCAGAGCUCCGGUUCCGAGAGCGUGGAUAAGGUCUCAUCCCGUGCUUCAACCCCAAAGGGAGACCUCCCGGUUAGGCACGUUGAGUCAUUCUGAGCACCCCGAACACUGUCUAACCCCAAGGAUGUACUUUUCCUCUGUUCUCCUGCAUUUUACCCUGAGCCGACUCAUCUUCAUUUCUGUUACUGAAAAAUGGAUGGACGUUCCCCUGUACACUCACACACACACACACUCAGAUACAUGGAUACAAAUGCAUUUGUGUAAAUGGUGCAAACACACAUUACUGGACCACAGAUUUGGCCCUUUGGGCAAAGUUUUGCUCCCUACCCUUUCUGGAGACAUCCUGCUCUUGUAUGUAUUGUUUUAUAUUUGUAAGUGGAUGUGCAGCUGAAUAAUUAUUAUUUUUUUUUUAUUUUUAAAAUAUACAUAUGUAUAUGUAAAUGUCCACUGUGCACAAUAACCACCAACAUUUUAACGAUUCUGGACUUUUAUUGCUUUUAUUUAUUAUGUUGCAUUGUUCUACUUUUAUGUUUUUUUGAAGCUUUGCUCCGCAAAAGUAGCUCAAGCCAACGGCUCUUCUUAGUGUCAAUGAUUUUGCCCCAAACUCCUGAGAAACUUCCCGCAAUGGUACUACAAAAACUGUGAAAUGGUUUCAGUCUUCAGACUGGCGUUCACACCAUGGAAAACAGUCCCUCCUAAAUCUGCUCAUGAAUUAAAUGGAAAUAUUUAUGCUCUGGUUUUCAAGUCUGCAUUCUUCCUUUGCUUUGUUUAAGGGAUUUUUCCAUUUUGCAAGACUAAUUUGAACAUUUGUGCACUGGGGUCCAUGAUCCAGUUUUCGUCUGCGGAUACUUUUUCCCCGACUAACUAAAUGGAAUGGUGUUUUGCAUCCGUUCUGUAUAGAGAAGACAACUGGGAUUUACAAACUACAAGACAUUUUGGAUUUGAAAAUGCAGAGAAGUUGUUCUCAAAAACGUCAAUAACAGAACUUCUUUGAUGCAUUAACAGCUGGUUUUACAAACGUAUUCAGAACUUUUUUUAUAUGACAACUUUUGUUGUCUGUUAUGGCAUAUACAUGUGAUGUAUUGUAAAAACACUAAAAGGGUUUGACAUCUCGAGUCCAAAGGCCUUUAUAGUUGAUCAACUACAUUUUUGCAUUCUGUAGAUUUUGAUUUUUUUUUUUUUUUAUUUAAAAGAAACCGAUUUUAAUGUUAUGGCCUUACUCAGCCUUGUUUUAAUCUGCACACAAAUUUGUAAUUUUUCCACUACUCAAAUUCAGUUGAUGGGCCAUGUGUAAUUUUCAAAAUAUUAUAACUGCUAGAAAUAGGGGACAUUGAAGAAAUUUAUGAGACUUGUCAAUGGCUUGUGGUAAACAUGAGAAAGGCAAGGGAAUUCUCACCAAUAAUGCGCUCCAUAUUUGUUUACUUCAGUUUCGCACAAAAGAGCGAAAAGCAUGAUUUCAGACAAUAAUCCCCCUCCAUAUCAAUUCAAAAUACUCCAAAUAAGAUGUCUAGCUGGCAGUCCCUCAAAAAAUAAAGAUCAGCAUAUCUUCCCUUUUGAACUGUAUUAAACUUGUACAAAGUAUGUGUAUAUGAUAUGAGUUUUAUUUAUUGAAGGACCAAAGGAAUUUGAUAUUGAUAACAUGCUAGGCAAAUGAAUAAUUAAAAAUGAAAUUACCAUAUGUGUGAUAUAACAUUUUAAUAAAGUCUAAUAUAAUCCAUUUCAAUUGUGUAAUUCUUGUCCAAUCUAUAUAUGCAGAAUAUUUGUACACUUGUUUAUUCUUAGACCUUCGAGUCAAAAUUGUAAGAACUACAACGCUGACUUCUGUCGUUGUAGUUUGUGUUAGUACUGAUUUUCCCUCCCUGAAUUUGUGUUAAUCUUUAAGUUUUGAAAUUGAGACGGGCAGCUGUCAAAGUUUUGGUCCAUGGUCAACUUUGAAGAGGAAUAUGAUGCAUCGAAUAUGCUAUUAUUGUUAAUGACAAUAUUUUACAUUUCAUGUGUUUUAUUAGCAGUAGUAGAUAAACUGUAAGCAUUAUUGGCAGUUAUUUUGAGAAGGUAUCUGUGAUGUUACCGGUAUUGAUUGUAGGAUACAAAAUGUUUAAGUUGUAUUGAUUUGGAUUUUGUUUUCAGAUUAGUAGCUGUAAACAUGACUAAUACCCCCCACUAGUACGCAAACUGGUAUUGGAGAUGUCUGACAUAUCAACAGGGGGUUCAUUUUUCAGCAUUAUUCCAGUGAUUGAGAUUUUACCACAUUUUAACCCCUAUGGAUUCAUCAGAAUUUGCAAAGCAAUGUAUAGCCUACAUUUCUUAAAAUGUAUGAAUAUAGCCAUCUUUUCUCUUGCCUUACCUGCUGUCAUAAACGGUUAUCUAAAUUUUGUAAACCUGUAGAAACGAGAACAAACAAUGUAUUGUAAAUUAAUUUAUUUAAAUUUGAAGAGACAAAAACAUUUGCUGAAUUUAAACGUAAGUUUUAUGUGUAACUCAAAAUGGUGCAAAAGCCAACCUAAUAGGCUAUGAAUGACAAUGGAGCUGAAACUUUUUUUGUUCCUUUCACGCGCAAGCAGUUCUGUUCUUGUGUAUGACCAGUAACCUUAAUUUACUGUGUAAAGAUGGUUACAUUUUUUAGCUUUGUCUGUCAGAAACCCAAAUAUAGAAUGCUUGUUUACAUAUGAUAUUGCGUUAAACCUAAAAUUGCAGUGUAUCUGUAUAGUCCUGGCUCCUUUAGUUUUGUCAGUGCAUUGUACAAAAGGUUUUGCAGUUUUGUUUUCCAUAGUAACUUUUCAGUCUGUUAGUAAGAAUCAAAUGUUUUGUUUUACCAUUUUAUUUCUUGCUAGUUACAGUGCUAUUGGUGAUUUUGUGUGGCACUCAUGUUAAUUUUACUUGUAAAUGUAAAUUUUGAGGUUUUUCUUACCUUUCACGUUUUAUUUUUUAAUUGGUAACUGCUCCUUGUCUUUAGACAAUGCUAACAUUCGACACGACUUCUGGCAUGUGCACGACUUUGCUUUUAGAAGCUUCUUUAUCAUUUCCCUGGCUUCUGGUAGAAAUGUCUA